CCCCUGCUUCAUGCUUCACCGCCAAGCUGAGCUCCCCAGGAAGACUGGGGUGGGCCCCAGUAGCCAGCCCACCGCCUCAGCCAAAGCCUCCCUGCUCCUGGCCUGACUGGCGGGCGGCGGUUCUGCUCGGAAGGUGAUCCACUCCAAGAACCUGCUGCGGAGCGGCACCCUGGUGGGGUCCUUCAAGAUGGACGUGGGGACCGUGUACUCGCAGCCGGAGCACCAAUUCCAUCACAAGUGGGCCAUCCUGUCUGACCCCGAUGACAUCUCUGCCGGGCUCAAGGGCUAUGUGAAGUGUGACAUCGCUGUGGUGGGCAAAGGGGACAACAUCAAGACACCCCACAAGGCUACCGAGACAGACGAGGAUGACAUCGAGGGGAACUUGCUGCUCCCCGAAGGGGUGCCCCCGGAACGCCAGUGGGCCCGGUUCUAUGUGAAAAUCUACCGCGCUGAGGGCCUGCCCCGUAUGAACACCAGCCUCAUGGCCAAUGUGAAGAAGGCCUUCAUCGGCGACAACAAGGACCUCGUGGACCCGUAUGUGCAAGUCUUCUUUGCCGGCCAGAAGGGCAAGACUUCCGUGCAAAAGAGCAGCUACGAGCCACUGUGGAAUGAGCAGGUGGUCUUUACAGACCUGUUCCCCCCACUCUGCAAACGCAUGAAGGUGCAGAUCCGGGACUCGGACAAGGUCAAUGACGUGGCCAUCGGCACCCACUUCAUCGACCUGCGCAAGAUCUCCAAUGAUGGAGACAAGGGCUUUCUGCCCACGCUGGGCCCCGCCUGGGUGAACAUGUACGGCUCCACACGGAACUACACCCUGCUGGAUGAGCACCAGGACCUGAACGAGGGCCUGGGAGAGGGCGUGUCCUUCCGCGCCCGCCUCAUGCUGGGCCUGGCCGUGGAGAUCCUGGACACCUCCAACCCCGAGCUCACCAACUCCACGGAGGUGCAGCUGGAGCAGGCCACACCCGUCUCAGAGAGCUGCACGGGGAAAAUGGAAGAGUUCUUUCUGUUUGGAGCCUUCCUGGAGGCCUCCAUGGUGGACAGGAAAAACGGAGACAAGUCAAUCACCUUUGAGGUCACCAUCGGCAACUAUGGCAAUGAAGUUGACGGCCUGGCCCGCCCCCAGAAGCCCCGGCCCCGGAGGGAGCCUGGGGAUGAAGAGGAAGCGGAUCUGAUCCAGAACUCCAGUGAUGAGGAGGGCGAGGAGGGAGGGGAAUUGGCCUCUGUCUCCUCCACCCCACCCAUGCGGCCCCAGAUCACUGACAGAAACUACUUCCACCUGCCUUACCUGGAGCGCAAGCCCUGCGUCUACAUCAAGAGCUGGUGGCCCGACCAGCGCCGGCGCCUGUACAACGCCAACAUCAUGGACCACAUCGCCGACAAGCUGGAAGAAGGCCUGAAUGACGUCCAGGAGAUGAUUAAAACUGAGAAGCCCUACCCGGAGCGCCGGCUGCGGGGCGUCCUGGAGGAGCUCAGCGGUGGCUGCCACCGCUUCCUGUCCCUCGCCGACAAGGACCAGGGCCAUGCGUCCCGCACCAAGCUGGACCGGGAGCGCCUCAAGUCCUGCCUGAGGGAGCUGGAAAGCAUGGGGCAGCAGGCGAAGACCCUUCGGGCGCAGGUGAAGCGGCACACGGUUCGAGACAAGCUGCGGCACUGCCAGAACUUCCUGCAGAAGCUCCGCUUCCUGGCAGAUGAGCCCCAGCACAGCAUCCCCGACGUGUUCAUCUGGAUGCUGAGCAGCAACAAGCGCAUCGCCUAUGCCCGGGUGCCCUCCAAGGACCUGCUCUUCUCCCUCGUGGAGGAGGAGAUGGGCAAGGACUGUGGCAAGGUCAAGACGCUCUUCCUCAAGCUGCCGGGGAAGCGGGGCUUUGGCUCUGCGGGCUGGGCGGUGCAGGCAAAGCUGGAGCUCUAUCUGUGGCUGGGCCUCAGCAAGCAGCGCAAGGACUUCCUGUGCGGCCUGCCCUGCGGCUUCGAGGAGGUCAAGGCGGCCCAGGGGCUGGGCCUGCACUCCUUCCCGCCCAUCAGCCUGGUCUACACCAAGAAGCAAACCUUCCAGCUCCGGGCCCACAUGUACCAGGCACGCAGCCUCUUUGCUGCAGACAGCAGCGGCCUCUCGGACCCCUUUGCCCGAGUCUUCUUCAUCAACCAGAGUCAGUGCACGGAGGUGCUCAACGAGACUCUGUGCCCCACCUGGGACCAGAUGCUGGUGUUCGACAGCCUGGAGCUGUACGGGGAGGCUCACGAGCUGCGAGACGACCCCCCCAUCAUCGUCAUCGAAAUCUAUGACCAGGACACCAUGGGCAAAGCCGACUUCAUGGGCCGGACCUUCGCCAAGCCCCUGGUGAAGAUGGCAGAUGAGGCCUACUGCCCACCCCGCUUCCCGCCACAGCUAGAGUACUACCAGAUUUAUCGCGGCAAUGCCACCGCUGGAGAUCUGCUGGCUGCCUUCGAGCUGCUGCAGAUUGGGCCAGCAGGGAAGGCUGACCUGCCCCCCAUCAAUGGCCCGGUGGAUGCAGACCGGGGCCCCAUCAUGCCCGUGCCCAUGGGCAUCCGACCUGUGCUCAGCAAGUACCGGAUCGAGGUGCUGUUCUGGGGCCUGAGAGACCUGAAGCGGGUGAACCUGGCCCAGGUGGACCGGCCACGGGUGGACAUCGAGUGUGCAGGGAAGGGGGUACAGUCGUCCCUGAUCCACAAUUACAAGAAGAACCCCAACUUUAAUACCCUUGUCAAGUGGUUUGAAGUGGACCUCCCUGAAAACGAGCUUCUGCACCCGCCCCUGAACAUCCGCGUGGUUGACUGCCGGGCCUUCGGCCGCUACACCCUGGUGGGCUCCCACGCCGUCAGCUCCCUGCGGCGCUUCAUAUACAGGGCCCCAGACCGCUCGGCCCCCAGCUGGGACACCACGGUCAGGCUUCUCCCGGGCUGCCGUGGGCUGUGCAAUGGGGCCCCCUCCUGUCGCCCCACAGGGGAGGUCGUGGUGAGCAUGGAACCCGAGGUGCCGGUCAAGAAACUGGAGACCAUGGUGAAGCUGGACGCGAUGUCUGAUGCCGUUGUCAAGGUGGAUGUGGCUGAGGAGGAGAAAGAGAAGAAGAAGAAGCAGAAGAAGGGCACAGCUGAGGAGCUGGAGGAAGAGGAGCCGGACGAAAGCAUGCUGGACUGGUGGUCCAAGUACUUCGCCUCCAUUGACACCAUGAAAGAGCAACUCCGUCACCAGGAGGCCUCGGGCGUUGACAUGGAGGACAAGGAGGAGAUGGAUACCACUGAGGGCCUGAAGGGGCCAAUGAAGAGCAAGGAGAAGGCAAAGGCCUCAAAGGAGGAGAAGAAGAAGAAGAGUCAGAGCCAAGGCCCCAGCCAGGUGGCUGAGCCCCCUGAGAAGAAGAAGCCCAAGAUCGAUGAGCUCAAGGUGUACCCCAAGGAGCUGGAGUCCGAGUUCGACAACUUUGAGGACUGGCUGCACACCUUCAACCUGCUGCGGGGCAAGACAGGCGACGAUGAGGACGGCUCCACCGAGGAGGAGCGCACCGUGGGCCGCUUCAAGGGGUCCCUCUGCAUGUACAAAGUGCCGCUCCCAGACGACGUGUCCCGGGAAGCGGGCUACGACCCCAUCUACGGCAUGUUCCAGGGUAUCCCCAGCAAUGACCCCAUCAACGUGCUGGUCCGCGUCUACGUGGUCCGGGCCACGGACCUGCACCCCGCAGACAUCAAUGGUAAAGCUGACCCCUAUAUCGCCAUCCGGCUUGGCAAGACGGACAUCCGGGACAAGGAGAACUACAUCUCCAAGCAGCUCAACCCCGUCUUUGGGAAGUCCUUUGACAUCGAGGCCUCCUUCCCGAUGGAGUCCAUGCUGACGGUGGCCGUCUACGACUGGGAUCUAGUGGGCACGGACGACCUCAUUGGGGAGACCAAGAUCGACCUGGAGAACCGCUUCUACAGCAAGCACCGUGCCACCUGCGGCAUCACCCAGAGCUACGCCAUACAUGGCUACAAUAUCUGGCGGGAUCCCAUGACGCCCAGCCAGAUCCUGACCCGGCUCUGCAAGGAGGGCAAAGUGGACGGCCCGCACUUUGGGCCCGCCGGGAGAGUUAAAGUGGCCAACCGUGUCUUCACGGGGCCCUCGGAGAUUGAGGACGAGAACGGUCAGAGGAAGCCCACGGAGGAGCACGUGUCGCUGUGUGCCCUGAGACACUGGGAGGACAUCCCCCGGGUGGGCUGUCGCCUGGUGCCCGAGCACGUGGAGACUCGGCCGCUACUCAACCCUGACAAGCCAGGCAUUGAACAGGGCCGCCUGGAGCUGUGGGUGGACAUGUUCCCCAUGGAUAUGCCCGCCCCCGGGACACCUCUGGACAUCUCCCCCCGGAAACCCAAGAAGUACGAGCUACGGGUCAUUGUGUGGAACACGGAUGAGGUGGUCCUGGAAGACGACGACUUCUUCACCGGAGAGAAGUCCAGUGACAUCUUUGUGCGGGGGUGGCUGAAGGGCCAACAGGAGGACAAGCAGGACACGGAUGUCCACUACCACUCCCUCACUGGCGAGGGGAACUUCAACUGGCGCUACCUGUUCCCCUUUGACUACCUGGCGGCGGAGGAGAAGAUCGUCAUCUCCAAGAAGGAGUCCGUGUUCUCCUGGGACGAGACGGAGUACAAGAUCCCCGCGCGGCUUACCCUGCAGAUCUGGGAUGCGGACCACUUCUCCGCGGACGACUUCCUGGGGGCCAUCGAGCUGGACCUGAACCGCUUCCCGCGGGGCGCCAAGACUGCCAAGCAGUGUUCCCUGGAGAUGGCUACCGGGGAGGUGGACGUGCCCCUGGUUUCCAUCUUCAAGCAGAAGCGUGUCAAGGGCUGGUGGCCCCUCCUGGCCCGGAAUGAGAAUGACGAGUUUGAGCUCACGGGCAAAGUGGAGGCAGAGUUGCACCUCCUGACAGCCGAGGAGGCGGAGAAGAACCCAGUGGGCCUGGCACGAGGCGAGCCCGACCCUCUAGAGAAGCCCAACCGGCCCGACACGGCCUUCGUCUGGUUCCUCAACCCACUCAAGUCCAUCAAAUACCUCAUCUGCACCCGCUACAAGUGGCUCAUCAUCAAGAUUGUGCUGGCCCUGCUGGGGCUGCUCAUGCUGGCUCUCUUCUUCUACAGCCUUCCUGGCUACAUGGUCAAGAAGCUUCUGGGGGCCUGAGGCCCCUCCUCCCCACAGCUAUGGCUUGGACUGUUGCCCCCACACCUCCCCUGGGGGUUCCGAGGGGCCCUCUGCCCACCCUCCAGCCUUGGGCUCCCAAGAGCCUACCCCGUGCUCGCUGGGCUGGUGAAGCCCAAACUCUGCCCCUUGCCACCCUGAGCCUGCCACCGCCCACCCUCCCUCCCUGUCCGUGGGGCGAUGGGAGGGGUGGGGUGGGGGUGAAACGGUUCCCUCUGAGGCCACCUUGCUGAGGUGUGACCCUCCUUCUGGCCCUGGCUGCAGAGGAAGCUGCUCCAGACCACCCCCAGGGCCUUCUGGGCUUUGCUGACAGUGUCCAGAGCGUUCCCAGGGUGAGCAAGCAGAGUGUACCACCUAGUGGGGAGACCAAAGUAGCGCUCGCUCUGUGUUCCAACCGUAGAGCCUGCUGGCGGCUGCUCCUGCCUACCGCCUCACCCUGGCCACCCCUGCAGCAAGUCCCCGUGCACCAGGCCUGGGACCAGGCCCUCUGUCCAGGCUCUGCCCACAGGCCUGAGGAGGAGCAGAGUGGGAGUGGACACUGGCUCCCACCCACAGCCCUGCUGAGCCCACCCUGCCAGCCCCCGGCCCCAGGAGUUUGUCUCUACAGUGCCCCCUGCCUGCCCAAGCCGGGUUCCUGUCAGCUGUUUUCCUUUCUGGAGUGGUGAUUUGUCUCUUAA